UUGAUUGAAUUUAUUCUUAGACGAGUUAUUUUUCAAUUACAGACCCAGUGCGCGGCCUCUCAAAGAAGUAGUAUUUUAUUCUUGUGUUGUUAAGUCGUUUACAUUUUGUAAACGGCAAGAAUCAUGCUUCGCCUAAACCGACUGGCUCUGACUAGAAAAUUAUUACCAUCAAUUCAAUGUACUACUAAAUACAGCACCGUUGUGGCUCAGGAACCUCAGAGACCAAACCUGAAGACGGAAGUACCCGGUCCCAAUACCAAACGAUUAUUUGAACAGCUCAACUCUAUACAGCAAGCUGGUUCCGUACAAUUGUUCGCCGAUUACGACAAAUGCACCGGCAACUAUUUUGUGGACGCUGAUGGAAAUGAAUUUUUAGAUGUAUUUACACAAAUAUCUUCCCUACCACUUGGUUAUAACCACCCGGAAUUGUUGAAUGCGUUUGACGAUCCGCACAGUCUGAAAACAUUGAUCAAUCGCCCUGCUUUGGGGGUGUUUCCAUCUGUUGACUGGCCUCAGAGACUGCGUAAUGUUCUGAUCUCAGUCGCUCCACAUGGCAUGCAAAGUGUAUUCACCAUGGCGUGCGGAUCGUGCUCGAAUGAAAACGCAUAUAAAGCGGCCAUGUUCUCUUAUCGCGUCAAAGAACGCGGUGGAAGCGUAGAUUUCACUGAUCAGGAAAUGACAUCGGUUAUGAAAAAUCAGCCUCCAGGGACACCCGAUUUGUCGAUAAUGUCUUUUGAGGGUGCUUUCCACGGACGUACGUUUGCCGCAUUGACUACGACGCGAUCAAAACCGAUACACAAAUUGGAUUGCGUAGCAUUCGAUUGGCCAGCUGCUAAAUUCCCCAGAUAUAAAUAUCCAUUAGAUGAAAACACGCGCGAAAAUAAAAAUGAAGACGCAAAAUGCCUUGAUAGUGUACGUGAACACAUAGAAGCGUACAAGAAGAAGGGGAGGCCAGUUGCCGGACUGAUCGUCGAACCUAUUCAAUCGGAAGGUGGGGAUUAUGAAGCGUCUCCAGAAUUCUUCCGAAGCCUCCAGAAGAUUUGCAAACAGCACAAUAUAGCGUUUAUCGUAGACGAAGUACAAACGGGCGCUGGGCCCACAGGGAAGAUGUGGUGCCAUGAAUACUUCGACUUUCCACAUGCACCUGACAUAGUGACUUUCAGCAAAAAAAUGCUCACUGGUGGAUUCUAUUUCUCUCCCGAAUACAAGAGCCCUCACGCCUACCGCAUAUUCAACACGUGGAUGGGGGACCCUGGGAAGUUGGUUCUCUUGGACAAAGUAAUUAAAGUAAUAAAACAGGACAAAUUACUCGACCUGGUUUGCAAGACGGGGGCAGUUCUCAAAUCUGGACUUCACGAACUCGAAAAGGAGUUUUCUACGCACAUACACAGCGUACGCGGCCGCGGCACUUUUCUAGCUUACAAUUCUCCCACUACCGAAUUGCGAGACAAAAUAUUUACAAAUAUGAGGAAAAAAGGAGUGAUGGGUGGAGUUUGUGGUAACAAUGCUAUACGUCUGAGACCCGCGCUCAUCUUCGAACCGAAACAUGCUGAAAUAUAUCUCGACAUUUUGAGGAAGGUCCUCAAGGAGCUGUGAAGAGGCUGGGAAACAUUCCUGUUUAUAAGAACAGUGUAUACCUCACUAUCGUUUACCGUAACUUCUAUGUUUGAUAUUAUUCUCAUAAACAUGGUAUGCAUGUACCAUCAUGUAAUUAGGAUAGUAAUUGAAUUACCGGGAACUUGUUUUAAGAAUUACGUAUUAUUUGAACAAUAAGACUUAUUAUAUAUUUUUAAGUUAAACGUCUAUUUUUAUCACAAAUAAUAAUGUUUUCUUGGCAAUUUUAAAUCAAAAAAGUAAUUUUUAGGGUAUACCGAUUGUAUUAUUUACCGUUUUUUGCUAUGUUAUUUUAAGUAAGUAUGUAUGAAGUGUAUACGUAAAUAUACUUUAAUUAAUUAAUUUUAUGAUGCCAAGUUUAGUCUUAAUUAAAACCAAAAAUCUGCUAGGAACUAUAAAAUAAU